GCUAAUUUCUUUGUGAUAAGCAGAUAUAUAAGGCGCACGCUCCGCGGCUUUAUUUAAGAACAGAAGCAAGAGAAUACUGAAGAUAACAGUUAUUACCAAGGGAAGAAUUUUUGAUUGAUAUUACAAUCGACGAGAAUGAGUUGGACGCCGUUCGCCAGUCUUCUAGCGCUGCUCAUCUGCAUGGUACAAUCACCGCAAGCGGCAGCAGGUUACCAUGUCGUUUGCUACUACACCAACUGGUCUCAGUACAGACCGGGAUUAGGAAGAUUCCGUCCUAACCAUAUUGACCCCAACCUCUGCACCCACGUCAUCUUCGCUUUUGCACGUGCUGACAACAAGCGGCUCGCGCCAUAUGAAUAUAACGACAACGUUCUGUACAAGGAACUGGAGGCGCUGAAGAGGCAGAAUCCCAGACUGAAGACUUUACUGGCUAUAGGGGGGUGGAACGCAGGUGUAUUGCCGUUCACUCAGAUAGUGAGAUCUCCCCAGUCACGGAGGGCGUUCAUCACACAAGCCAUCCAAUAUCUCAGAAACAACAAGUUUGAUGGCCUCGAUAUCGACUGGGAAUAUCCGGGGUCACGUGGUAGUCUACCCAAGGAUAAGAUUCUCUACACAGUUUGGUUGAGGGAACUGAAGGCAGCAUUUGAGCGAGAAGCGCGUCAGGUCCGCCGUCCACGCCUCCUGUUAACAGCCGCGGUGGCCGGGGGUCAGUCCUACAUAGACGCCGGGUACCAGGUGGCCGAAAUUGCAAAGUACUUAGACAUGAUCAAUGUGAUGAGCUACGACUAUCAUGGCGGCAGUUUUGAGUGGGGAAGGACAGGACACCACAGUCCGCUGUAUGAUAGCGGCACCCUUCACCAGGACUGGUCUAUACGGUACUGGCUCAGGAAUGGCGUACCUAGUCAUAAGCUCCUGAUGGGAGUCGGCUUCUACGGGAGAACUUUCCGUCUUAAGAGCGCUCAGAACCACGUGGUGGGCGCCCCUGGCGGAGGACCGGCCGAGGGAGGACCGUACACGCGAGAGCCGGGGUUCUGGGCGUACUAUGAGAUUUGCUCCAAGAUCAAAGACUGCGGCUUCCAGGAGGAGUGGAGCAGUAGACACGGGGUGCCCUAUGCUCACAGAGACACACAGUGGGUGGGUUAUGACAACCCUAAGAGUAUCGCUGCCAAGGCGGCUUAUAUACGUAAACUGAGGCUAGGUGGCGCCAUGGUCUGGUCUCUAGCUCUGGACGACUUCACGGGGUCGUUCUGUGGCCAGGGGAAAUACCCCCUACUGACCACCCUUAACCAGGGUCUAGCAGGCGCUAGAACAGUCCAGUCCCUGGCACGACAGCGUCCCAUGCCCCGCAAAGGUAAUACUAACAAGUGCACCAUGGUGUCGUACGGUGAAGCCACCAGCGGUCAACAAUCGCCUCCUGCCAGCGGUGACAACGCAGCUGCGCCCCCAGUAGAAGCUAAAGAAUGUCCAGCUGGCGUCUACUGUCACGAGCCCGAGGGUCUGUACCCCCACCCUGAGCGGUGUAAUCAGUUCUGUCAUUGCUGGAAGGGAAUACCUUAUGAAAAAAGCUGUCCCGGUGUCCUUAACUACAACGCCGCGGUGGGGACGUGUGACUGGCCUCUUAAAGUCAACUGUAGAGUACAACUUAGGAAAGCAAAAGAAGACGCCAAAAAGGCACCAGUACGUAUCCGGCGGACCACCCUUCCUGCACCUGUACGCGUCCGCCAGACCACCCCUGCUGUUAAACUGGCGCUGCCCGAGUUUAACCCGAAUCUGCGUCCAAGAAAGUUUGUGAAAGGACGGAAUUGCGGCAGUGUGAAAUGCAACCCUGAUGGUUUUGGUCUAUUUCCUCACCCAGGUAGCUGUGAUAAGUUCUGCCAAUGUUCACAUUUUAUACCAUAUGAACAGGAUUGCCCACCAGUGCUCAUCCUGCUGAAUGCCAGUUCUUUACUGACGCAUGCUCAGCAGGAUCCGUGUGUCUUUUCAAAUCACUACCGGCUCCAGGACGAGGAGAGGAAUUAUAACACCACGGCGCGUUCGUCAGGGACGGUGAUCUGUGACCGCGGCAGAGCCGACGCCUGGUACAGGUUCUUAGGAAAUGCUGGGGAGCGUAUGGCAGACGAGACCGGCAAAUCAUUUCCGGCGCGCUCCUGCUCAACCGAGUCGCCCAUAUUUUUGGAGGGAAAGCAUCCCACCGCCGCCACCAUGUCACCGGGACAGGUAGUCACCAAGCAUGCCGCGUUCAAGUAUUUUGGUGUGACGUACUACCACCCACUGUCCACUCUAAGUGUGGAUAUUAAGAACUGCGUUGACAACGGGCAUCAGUAUUUCAUCUAUAAACUUCCAGUUGUACCAACUUGUAACAUGGCAUACUGUGGAGAAGGGCAAGGACCGACACCUUGUAAAGUGGAUGAAAUACCUUUCUCAGUAAAUGGACAGCGGAUAUGUGUUGGAGAUCGCCCUGAUUUCAAGACGGUCAGCAUCUCGGCACCCGUCGUCGAUGGCGCAGAUUUUUUCUUUCACUGUGAAAUUGAUUGGAAACCAAUCCCUGGCCUAGAGACCAAUGCUAAAUUUGAGGUAGUUAUUGACUAUGUGGAGUAUGUAGACAUACAUGUAUCAUAG